AUGAUACCGUAUGUACCAAUUAAGUGGAAUUCGUUCACGCUAACUUUGUCCUUAGUGAAAUCUGCUCCAACUCCUUUGCUGAACACUCCGUUUAUUACCGACGGCAAUUCCACCGCUAUAUGGAAUCCGCAAUUAACACCACUGUUGGAAUGCCAAAAUAGGUCUCAAGCCCAAACGUUUGACUGCAACAUAGCAAACAAGUGCGUGUGCUACCCAGCCGAAACGCAAGCAAACUGCAAUUGUGAAAAUCUUAACAUUUCGGCGUGGAUUCAUGACUUACGGCAUCGACUUCCUUUGGUGUUCCCCUCGGUGAUCUUCAAAAGGGACAGAGAAGGACAAGUUCAUGCAACAAUUCCUAGUAUGACGACAGCAGAAAUAAUAAUGACGAUGCAAGGCAAUCUGGAAACCGACAUUUUGGUUGAUGAAGCCACAUGUUCGAUUUCAAACACUUCGUCAUUACGCUUUAGCUUCGACACCGCAAGAAUUCAUCAGAAAUGCAGAGCAUCAUGUGGGCAAUCCGUGACCAUUUUUGAAAUCGGUGGACUAUUAAAGUACCCUCACACGGCUUCCAAUAUGGUUGAUAGAUGGUUGAGAGGGGAAACAAGUAGCGAACCUGUUGGAUUUCAUUGGCCCGAUUUUCCACAUAUCCUUGAUGUAUUCCUCAUGUGGUAUAAGACUCUGUUAUCAGCAGUCUUGGCGCUAUUGGUACUGCUCGUGCUUACUUAUAUUCUGAUAUCCGCAUAUGGAAUACGAGUCACGAAAUGGAUCUUGAAAACUGUUUUCCGCAUCUUGACUUUACCGGUGCUAUUGUUUUUUCGUGGGGCCUCACAUCUUCUGCACCAACAAAAUGGACCCACGAAGUAUGGACAGCGAUUUCUUCUACAUUUACAAGUAUCUCCAAGGACAGUCAGUCAGUGGCUUCGAAAACGACCUAACCUUGACGAUAGAAGCUAUUCAUCGACAAGUUUUUGUCUUUGGAACUCUGAGAAAAACGACUGGGAGCACCUGAAAAGCAACGAAAAUUUCGUUUUGGGGGGACCAGGAGAACAAGUCCUCCUAAUCAUCGAGCUGCUUCGAACGGCGGAACAAGCAGUGGAGCAGAUCAAGAAGCUAGCGACUCGUUUUGUUCUCACGGACCGAUUAUUCGAAGCACUAGUUCAGAAUGGAAAGGUCAAUCCCAGUCUUCGGCGAGAUUGGUUACGCAAGAAGCACAAGUUCGACGUGGAAGCGGACAAAGUGCUCGAGUUUGUGGUCAGAAAAACGAGCGACUUCGAAAAAAUCGUCGACGAGCUCUGCAAAGAGAAGAGAAAAGCUGAAAGGAGGCUGAACGAUUCGGAUCAAGAGCGUCGUCCGGAGUUGCAGAAAAAACAGCUCCUUCAUAUUCUCCGGGAAGAAAUGGCUCUGGAGGCCCAAUCAACUACGGAGCAGAUCAGAAGUCUGAAAGAAAGGGUAAAAUCACAGGAGGCUGAAAUAGCUCGUCUCAAAGGAAUCAUCCAGACGAAAGAGCAGCAAGAGAAGGAAAAACCUGGUCCAAGUCGUGUGCAAGUGACAGUUGAUGCCUCAGAUGGAGCAAAAGGAGGCGCUGCAUUGGAACAAGUGCCCAUUGAGAUGGAAACUGAUGAAGAUUACUUCGAGAAAAUGGUUCAAGAAGUACAAGAGGACGAAGAGAUGACGGAUACGGAACAAGAAGAAGAAGAA